UUUUGGAUCAAUUUUCCUCAGCUUCCCCUCUGUUCUGUCUAUCUACCUGUCACUGUGACUGCAGUUUAUCUUCAUGUUGAGUCUUACCCCAACACAGCACAUAAGAUAGAGCUGCCCUGUUUCCUGGGGAGGAUAAUGGAACGGCUGUGGUUCUCUUUGCUGUUACUGGCAGCAGCAUGCAGGGGACAGCCGUGUCCAAAACGCUGCAUGUGCCAGAGCCUUUCUCCAUCGCUUGCUAUCCUCUGCUCCAAAACAGGCCUGCUCUUUGUUCCCGCUGCCAUUGAUCGACGCACCGUGGAGCUACGACUUCAAGAAAACUUCAUAACAGCUGUCCGAAGAAAAGACUUCGCCAACAUGACCAGCUUGUUACAUCUGACACUGUCUAGAAACACCAUUAGUCAGAUCCUUCCUUCAGCAUUCAGUGAUCUACGGCGACUGAGAGCACUCCAUCUGGACUCCAACAGAUUAACUGUAAUCAAGGAUGACCAUUUCAAAGGUCUGACCAACCUUCGCCAUUUGAUCUUGGCCAGUAACCAGCUGCACUCCAUAUCUCCUCAUGCCUUUGAUGACUUUGUGUCUACUCUGGAGGAUCUUGAUCUAAGUUAUAACAACCUUGACCAGGUGCCCUGGGACACGAUCGGGCGUCUUACAAAUGUCAAUACCUUGAAUAUGGAUCAUAACCUUAUAGAGAAUGUGCCCCAGGGAGUAUUCACCAAUCUUCACAAACUUGCAAGACUGGACAUGACUUCUAACAAACUGAAGAAAAUUCCCCCUGAUCCAUUGUUCUUGAGAAUCCCAGUAUACGCUAAGUCUAAAGGCUCCCCUCUUUCUUCCCUUGUGUUGAGUUUUGGUGGUAACCCACUUCAUUGCAACUGUGAACUUUUGUGGUUAAGGAGAUUAACUAGAGAGGAUGACCUAGAGACAUGUGCCUCCCCUCCGGAUCUGAGCGCCAAGUACUUUUGGACAAUACCUGAAGAGGAAUUUAUUUGUGACCCACCAGUUCUGACUCGAAAGUCACCCCAUACUGUUGCUAUGGAAGGGCAGCCUGCAAGUCUAAAAUGCAAAGCAAAUGGUGACCCAGAGCCUGAGGUGCACUGGAUAAGCCCUGAAGGCCGACUUAUAUCAAAUGGCUCCAGAACUUUAGUUUUCCCAAAUGGAAGCCUGGAUAUCAACGUUACUUCCCUGAAGGAUUCUGGAAACUUCACUUGCAUUGCCUCAAAUGCUGCAGGUGAAUCAACAGGAAGGGUGGAGUUAAUUGUCACAGCAGUGCCUCAUCUUGCAAACAGCACAAGCCGCAGUCGAGAUCCUUCUUCUGAGCCUGCACCCUCUGACAUUCUGACCUCCUCCAAAGUUGCAAUGCCUAACAACGAGACAAGAGGGGCUGACAGGAGGGUAUCAUUGGUGGAGCUGACGGGAAACUCUGCCCUGAUUAGAUGGAGCAGCCAAACUCCUACAUCUGGAGUAAGAAUGUUCCAGGUCCAGUACAACAGCUCGGGAGAUGAUGCACUGGUUUACAGGAUGAUUCCAUCCACCUCCAAUGAUUUUCUGGUCCGGGAUCUUGCUGCUGGACGCAGCUACGAUCUCUGUGUUCUGGCUGUAUUCGAUGACAUCGUUACAUCACUGACUGCAACACGUCCUUUGGGCUGCCUUUCAUUCACUACAGACACAGAGUUCAGCCAGUGUCAAGCACUUCAUAGCCACUUCUUGGGUGGGACAAUGAUCAUUAUCAUUGGAGGGAUUAUAGUUGCAUCUGUGCUAGUUUUCAUCAUUAUUUUAAUGAUACGGUACAAAGUUUACAGUCAUCAAGGCACUGGCCAUGGAAAAGCCACCAUUGCAGCGACGGCACCGAGGCCACAGAGUAAUGGACAAGGAGGGAGCCAGGUCCAAGUCCUCUGUCAAUCUCCUUCAAAGAUGAUUGACAGUCAGGAUGAAGAGGUCCUCCUGCCAUCUAGGGCAAUGUCACCUAGCAAUACAACAAAAGACACGGUGGCAUUGGUUGAGGAGGAGAGCAGUGGACAGUGCGUCAUGGCAAAAACAGACUCCUCGGUUAAUGAAGAGUUGCUCUCGCCAACUAAGACCCGCUUCUCUUCCAGGGUUUCAAUUGAGAUGAAAAUCAGACAACAAUCUGUCACCAAAGACCCCUCAUCUUCCAAGGAUCUAGCAGCAGAUGGCAGAAGGCCUCCCAGUGUGGAAUGGAGAAACUUUAAGAUCUGAAUGGUCUUUUGGGCUCAAGAAGACAUGGCGCCAGCAGAACAUUCAAAGAAACCCUGACGCUGUUUUCCUGUCAGAUUUGGAAAAUGAACAUCACCAAACACAAGAAGGAUGCGAUAACUCUCAAGAAUAUAAUGCCCUAUAGCUAAUCUCCCUGCAUCUCCUGUUAUCUGCAUCCCUUAAUUUCUUUUUCAUGAACACCAUGGUGUCAGAGACCCAAACUGUCAGAUUUAUUUUCAAGUGCUUUUACUGGUUCUCAGAUCCAGAUUGGACUACCAGUCAAGACCUUGUAAAGCUGGGAUCAUCUGGAAUCACUUAUCAUCUAAGGGCAUUUUCCACUUUAACCGAUAUGUAUCAGUGGGAAAAGUGAAAGAAAAAUUAUCAAACUGCACUAGGAUAUGAUAAAAAAUAUGAAGUAACAACCACAGUCAGGAGCCGCACUAACAGACUGAGUGGAUGGUAGAAAGAGGGCAAAAAUGAAAAGUUGAUCAUCAUCAAGAAAAAAAAAAUCCAAUGUUAUUUCCACCAAAGCUGGCUGUACAUUUUGAGUCUGGUGUUUCAUAUAAGCAUAGCCUAACCUAGCACAUAGGACAUAUACAGACGCUGACUUCAUGAGGCUCCAUUCUAUUCAUCAACACUGAAUAAGAAAGUUCUAUAAAAUGUGAAUGAACUCCUCCUUUCCAAAGUCUGCUCAUCUGCAACUGGAUCUGUAUUGUGACUAGACCAAGUGAGAUUGAUCUUUUAAUUAGAAUACAUCUUUUGGAAAUAAAGUAUCCAGUAAAACCAAACUGAACAAGCACCCUCUAUGGAGAAAAAGGACAAUGUGGAACUACAGCAGCCUGAACUGGAAAUCUAUGCCAAAUCAACAUGGACUACAUAGUUUUCAGUCUGCUCCUGCUCAAGGCAGGUAUGCUCCGUUUAACACUGGAUGGUACUGGUGAAGACCUUAAGGACCAUUAUUGACUUCUCUCAAAUCUCUCCAGGACCCUUCAAACAGAUCCAGUCAUCAGAAGGACGGCAACUUGUCGAGGAAUAUCAUAAGAAGGAUUCAAAGAAAAAAAGGUUGAAGUAACAGGGUACAGGUUCACAUCAGUCAUUAUUGAUAUCAUAUAUCACAUUAUUGUUACCGAAUAAGUUUACACAUAGUCAUUUACUGCAGGUCCCAUAAUGGUUUAAUGUGAAGAAAAAAUGCAGUAUGACCAUAAAUUGCUCCAAAACAUGUGUUAUUAAUAGUAUGACUGUUGUCAUUCAGGCACAAGUGGUCUUCAUUACCACCAAGUACAUUUGUUCGCACAUAGGUAAUAACUCCAACACUUAUUGUUUUGUUUUUUUUUUACUCAUGAUAGUUUAACUUUCUAAAGUCAUUUUAGAUAUUGCUUUAAACCAAUCCUCAGUAUUUUCCAGGCUUCUUUAUAAAAGCAUCUCCAUCCUUUUUUAAUAGUUUGACAAAAAGAAUGGAGAUUUGUGAAAAUAUCAGAUAUAUAACCUCAUUUGUGCCCCUGUCUGUAUUAGUUUUUGUUCUGCAGUGUCACCAUAAAUAUUGGCAUCUUGAACGGUUUCCUGCUAAUAUGUACAAUGGUAGACCAGGAUCUGAAUGAAAAGCCGUAAAAUCCCACACAAGAAUAAAGGGAAAAAAAUGAAAUAAUGCAUAUUCUUCACUUUUCCCCUCGUGUGUUCCUCUCACUUUUCGGGGGCAGGGAGGGUCUUUAUAUUUUGUAUGUGUACAUAAAGCAAUUCAAAAUCUAUAGUUUUGUACAUGUAAUUUUUAUGGUGUGUGGAUAUUUUCUAAUAAAAUAAAACAAAAUGAGUUACUCCUU